CUUCACAUUAACUACAUUUCCUGUUCUCUGGUUAAAGGUCGUUGUCCUGUAGAAGAGAAAAGUAUACGUUUAAGCGAAGCAGCAUGUCAUCUUUGCACAUGUCGCUGUUUAAACGGUGCACAGCGUUCAGCAUAAAUAAAAAUAACUAUAAUGAUCAUUGCAUGUCUUUGUUUUAUAAUGUGUAGGGAGCUACUUUCAAACGGAGUACCAAAGUAAUCGCGAACUGUUAGGCUGACUUGCACAGACUUGCAAAAGGAUUUCAAAAUGGGACAAGAAGAGAAGUCAGGGGUCCCGCAGUGGCCUCGGGUUUCAAAGUUCAUCUUGUCAGCAUGUGCAGCUACUGUUGCUGAAAUGGGUAGGCAUAUACGUGCUCUCCAAUAUUUUCCAGCUUCUUUUAGGGUACUGGUCAUUGUCGAAUCAAUUCAAUGUCAAUUCUACAAUUUCAUUACCAUAUAUUUUUCGGAAUGUUUUACAUUACACAGAACAGUGUCACUGUUAUCAACUCAAAGUUGUCUCAAUAUCGGUUCCAGUGACAUUCCCCCUCGACCUGACCAAGACCAGGCUUCAGAUCCAGGGCGAAGCGGCCCUCAGACAGCAUGGCCCCGGUAGGGGCCCUCAGACGGCCUACAGAGGGAUGCUGGGCACUGCCCUGGGGAUUGUACGCGAGGAGGGUCCCCUUAAACUGUGGCAGGGGGCCACACCAGCUGUGUACAGACAUAUAGGUAGCCUACACCAGACUGAUCUCACUACUUACAUACAUGGGGGUUUGUUGAUAAGGGCUAGUUACCCACAUCAUCUUCCCUGCAUUAACCUCCUACUGUACUUCUGCUAGUGUACUCAGGAGUGCGGAUGGUGGCCUAUGAGCAGCUCCGAGAUGUCCUUGGCAGGUCUGAAGAUGAUAGCUUCCCGCUUUGGUGAGAGAACAGCACAGUGGUGGAGCUGACCACUACUCCUCAAUACUAUAACUAUAACCACAGUAAAUGUAAAGUCACAUCAGAUAAAUGCAAACUGUUGAAGAGCAUUGCAUUUCCCCAGUCUCAACAGAACAAAGACUGGAUGUCUAUUGCUCUGGAGGUCUCCAUGCUUUGCUUAGUGCAUGCAUUCAUAGUAGUCCCAAGCCACUGCAUUUAUCAGGAGCAGACUGAACUAGGCUCAGACCCCCUACCUAUAUGUACAUAGCUACCUCAACCACCUGGUACCCCUGCACAUUGACUCAGUACUGGUUAUCCCUGUACAUAUUCAUGUUACUUUUACUCAUUGUUGUUAUUCACUGUGUAUUUAUUCCUCGUCUUUAUGUAUAAAAAAUCUUAACUCUGCAUUGUUGGAAAAGGACCUGUAAGUAAUCAUUUCACUGUUAGUUUACAGCUGUUGUUUACGAAGCAUGUGACAAAUACAUUUUGAUUUGGGCCUCUCUGCCAGUGUCCACCCAGCCAAGCCACUGUUUGCUCUCCUUUUCCCAACAGGAAAGCAGCGAUCGGGGGCAUGCUGGCUGGGGCUGUGGGUCAGUUCAUGGCCAGCCCCACCGACCUGGUCAAGGUGCAGAUGCAGAUGGAGGGGAGACGCAGGCUGGAGGGCAAGCCACCCCGGUGAGUGUGUUUAGCUAGUUUUCAGUCUUUAGCCAUCCUUCAACCUAAACUGUAUGUCGGUUUGUACUUCCUAUUUUAACUCAUGUAAUUUAGUUGUAAGCUAAUAAUCACUCAUUAGAUACAGUAUCAUGUGAGAGAGAAGUUUCCCUCUUUAAAAAAAUAAAAGUGGACUCAUCUGGCCUCUUUUGAGACAGGGUUCAAGGAGUGUACCAUGCUUUCCUGAAGAUUGUCUCUGAAGGGGGGAUCCGGGGCCUGUGGGCAGGGUGGGUCCCCAACGUACAGAGGGCUGCUCUGGUCAAUCUAGGAGGUAUAGUUGAGUGAAUACAGGCAAAAGUGAAAAUGUACUGUCUGUAAUGUGUAUAGGGAUUUAAUUGCUCUCAAAUGUAAUUAGAUCUCACAACAUAUGAUACUGUCAAGCACUUUCUUCUGAGAAAUACCUCGCUACAAGACACCAGCCUUUGCCAUGGGUUAGCAAGGUAAAGUAUAACACAGAGAUUUAAUGAUAACUCAAAAUGUAUAUCUAACUACUUCAGAGAAUAUAUUUUCAAAUUCAAAUUCUGAAGUCCUCUCUCCAUCCAGCACAUGUUCUGGUCUGGUUGCUGCUACCAUGGGAACACCAGCAGAUGUCAUCAAAACCAGAAUAAUGAACCAGCCCAGAGAUCCGAAUGGCAGGUGAGGCAGCCAAUCAGAGAACAGUAUUCAUUCCUUGAUAGUGUUACUGUGCUAUAUGCUUAGGAUGUCAUUUACAGCUUAUUGUAACAAGUGAUAAUCCAAAAUGCAACAGAUAAAUCAUUCAUAUUACAGGUUUUAUAAUGCUGAAAGACCAAUCAACUAAAUAAAGGUAUCUACCUAAUAGGCUACAUACAUUUUUCCACAGGGGCAUAUUGUACAAGUCUUCCAUUGACUGCCUGAUCCAAUCUGUCAAGGGGGAAGGGUUCAUAUCCCUGUACAAAGGCUUUCUCCCUACUUGGAUGAGAAUGGUACAUUUACUCGGUCUAGUAUUAUAAUGCUUUUGAUCUUUGACUGUGGCAAUGUACAAUACAUUCAUACUGCCCUUGUUGUCUCUUUGGUACUACAGGCUCCCUGGUCCAUGACAUUUUGGCUCUCAUUCGAACAAAUACGAAAGACAAUGGGCAUCAGCUCAUUCUAAAACCUGGACUGUCAGUCAGACAGGUAGCCUAGCGGUGAAGAGCGUUGGGCCUGUAACUGAAAGGUUGCUGGUUCG